UAUCGAAGCUCACUACAAAUUUAAAAAAAAGCGUUACAAUGAAGCUCUCUAUUGCCAUCGUUGCCCUGGUCCUGGCCAUCAGCGCCACCGAAGCAUCUCCCGCCCCAUAUACACAAGAUGUUGUGGCCUAUGCCAACCCAUGGCCCGUGAAGACCAGCACGGUUUGGCCAGCCUACGGUGGAUUGUAUGGCGGCGCUAAGGUUGCUGUGGUUCCAGAAGUCGGCUACGGAAAAUACGCUGCCUACCCGAACGUGUAUGGAAGCUGGCCAGUCUACGGAAAGAGCUGGGGAUACUCUGCCCCGGUGGUAACCAAGGUGGUUGACAACGGUCUGUGGAACUACGGUGGAUAUGGAUAUGGCAAUGGAUACGGUCUAGGAUAUAACAAGUACUGGUAGAAGAAGGGCAGGAUCUUAACAAUGAAUUGGAAAUGAAAUACCACGGUGGCAAAAUAAGGCUAAACUAUAAUAUGAAGUAAAACGUUUCUUC